UAUACUACAACGUCUACAACACUGUACUAUAAAGAAAUCUGUGGAUCAUAGGUAUAAGAUCUAUGGUUAUCGUUGUACACAACGCAAGCGCCUCCCACCGAACGACGCACCGCCACCAACGCAGUGGUAGGCGGACGGUGGGAACUGGGAAGUGACGCGAAAACGCCGAACCCACUACCCGCCAGCCGUAGCGUCCGCUUUAAUCGCUUCUGAGCUCGAAAUCGAUAAGGGCUUACCGCUUACGGCACUUAGUGACCAACUACGGCAGUACAACUGUCGUAUAGGUGUGUUAGGUAAGCCGUGUAGGUGUUUAACCGCGCGUACGUCGUAGGUAGCGAGCUGGUAGGUCGUGAAUCGAUAAAAAAGCAUUUUUUUUUGUUUCUCCGAUGGUUUUGAGAUGAAUCGAAAUUCGCUGGACGACUAGGAUGUUUGCCGUCCGGACUCGACACCUCCUACCGCUCCUACCGGCCGAGCGUGUUGUUAUUGUUAUUAACGUAUCGAGAUGGAAUUAUUAUUAUGAUUGUUGGUAAUUAUUAUGCGUAGAUAAAAAAAAAGAUAACAUCAUCAAUCAUUGUUCCGUCCUCCGUCGUUGAUUUUUUUUUUUAUUUCGUUUUCCGCCGCCGCCGCCAGAAUAUCGCCUAUCGAGCACCGACAGCAGUUAAUAUCGUAAAUUAAUCAAUUCGUCGGAGAUACGACACCGCGUCGGUCGACCGCUGUGUAUAGGUACCGUAAGACACUUAUUUUUCAUCUCGUCGAUAUUUUCUUUCACGCUAUGACUGCUGUUCCACCGCCGAUAAAAUACAAUACGUUUUCAAGCACGAUGGACUGAACUGAAUCCGACCCACUGGCACCACACAGCUGUUCGACGAAGAAUACUAACUGAAAAUGGAUAAUAAUAUAUUUCAUGAAUUCAAUGGUCCAGCUAAAGAUAAAUGUAAUUAUUAUAAUCGGACAAGAAAUAGACUUCUUAUUACAGCUUAUGAAGGAAUACCUGAAACUCUUUUACUCAAUGCAUUAGGGUGUGUUCUCUUAGUUUUAUUUUUUGCAUUCAUGAGGAAAAGGGCAUGGGAUUAUGGGCGUUUAGCAUUAGUCAAUAAAGAUUAUGAAAAGUGGUCUCGUAUAUUUUAUGGUACAACUGAUGAAAAUUCAGAGAGUAACAUUGAAGAUGGUAAUUCUACAACUACAUUAGACAACUCAAUGCCUGUUGAUAGGGGCUUAUUUUCCUGGUUUUUAACAAUUAUACAGCUAAGAGAUGAAAAAAUUUUACGGAAAUGUGGUUACGAUGCUGUUCAAUAUUUAUCAUUCCAAAGGCACAUAAUGGUUUUAAUGGCUAUAAUCACUGCAGUUUCAUUAGGCGUAGUACUACCAAUCAAUUUUGCUGGUGAUUUAGAAGGUGAUGAAAGAUCAUUUGGACAUACUACUGUUAGCAAUCUACAUCCUGAUUCACCUUGGCUGUGGGUACAUGUGACUAUAGCCAUGUUAUACUUUCCAUUAACUAUUUGCAUAAUGAGAAGGUUUUCUGUAAAUCUUAAAUUAGAAGAAAAUGGUGAUUGUUGGUCGCGUACGUUGAUGAUUACAAAUAUUCCCAGACGAAAUUCUGACAUAAAUGAUAUGGAUCGACAUUUUAAAGAGGCAUAUCCUGAAUGUGAAGUAGAAAAUAUUCAGCUUGCUUAUGAUGUCAACAAAGCUAAUGAAUUAGAUAGAGACAGAAAUGCUGCAGUUCAAGCAAAACAAUAUUGUGAAAAUCACUUAAAAACUGUAGGCGAACGUCUUACAGUGCAACCCCAUGUUUGUGGUUAUAUUUGUAUUUGUUGUGGUUUCUGUAGCUCUAAUAAUUUAGAUGCUAUUGAUUAUUAUUCUCAAGAAGAAGCUCGGCUAAAAGCAGAAUUAGAAGCAGAAAAAGAAUCCGCUCUAAAGAGACCUCUAGGUAUAGCUUUUGUAACUAUGACAACAAUUCAUACAGCUAGACUCAUUCAUCAAGACCACGUUUACAAAUUAUCCAAAUGUGGUCGUCAUAAUCCACCUACCAGUUCUGUGGCUGGUCUACUUCAGCCUUAUCGUUGGAGAGUCACUUUUGCUCCUCCACCAGAUGAUAUUUUUUGGGAAAAUUUGACUGAACCAUCUCACAAUCGAUACUGUAAAAUUGUAUUAACAAAUUCAUUUUUAGUGAUAAUUUUAUUUUUUUUGACUACUCCUGUGAUUGUUUUGAACGUUAUGGACACUCUUAAACUUAGAGAAAUUGAAAAAGCUAGUCCUAUCUUAUCAGAAUUUAUGCCUACAUUAUUGUUGUGGACUGCAGCUGCAUUAUUACCGGUAUUAGUUAUAAGGUCUGAUCAGUGGCUUAGUCAUUGGACAAGAUCCAAAAGAAACCAUUCCAUUAUGCGAAAAACAUUUGUUUUUCUUCUUUUCAUGUGUUUGAUACUCCCAUCUUUGGGAUUAACAAGUGCCCAAGCAUUCCUAAUGUUCGCAUUUCAAGCUGGUAUUGAGACUUAUCGUUGGCAAUGUGUGUUUUUGCCUGAUAAAGGAGCAUUUUUUGUGAAUUAUGUCGUUACGUCUGCUCUUAUUGGAACAAGCUUAGAACUAAUACGAUUUCCAGAACUUUUUAUGUAUGCUCUUCGAUUAUCAUUAUCAAGAUCAAAAGCAGAAUCUGCUAGUGCUAGAAGAUUAAUUCUUUGGGAAUUUCCAUUUGGUGUACAGUAUGCUUGGAUGCUAAUUAUAUUUUCAAUUGUGACAGUUUAUAGUCUUUCCUGUCCUCUUAUAACACCCUUUGGUCUUUUGUAUAUGGUUACUAAACAUUUUGUUGAUCGUUAUAACAUAUAUUUUGCUUACGGCAAAUCAAAAAUUAGUAAACGCAUACAUAGUACAGCUAUAAAUUGUGUUAUGGUUUCAAUAGUACUUUUACAAGUAAGUUUUACUUCACUGUCAAUGUUGCGUCAUGGACUCCACGAUAUUACUUUAUUUGCCUUGGUUGGACUUGUAAUAACAUUAACAUUUACAUUAUCUCAAUGUUUCUUCCGAAAUUGUACCGCAUGGAGUCCUAUACUUUAUCAAGUUAGAAAUCCACGUACAGUUCAACCAAGUCCAGCAAGAAGACGUGAUCAUUCACAUGGUUAUGACUAUGUCCCUGAAGUAUUACGCCAACCUUUGCCACAUACAGCAGCAAAUUCUCUAAUUACGUUGACACCAAACGAUUCUGGUACAACAUUGGAUGAUUUGGAAAUCGAGAUGAGACAUAAUGAUGAUAGAUUAGAUUAUCAUCCACAGACUAAAGUAAUUAUAGAAUCUCAAAAUCACUGUGAUCAACUAUACCAGAAUUAUGAUUAUAAUCAAACAGUUCCUGUAUAAUAAGGUAGGAAGCUGUGAUUCUAAUUUUUAUAGUAACAAAAUUAAUACAUAUCUAUACUUAUUUUGCAGAAACAUGUUCCGUUUUUACUUUUUGUUUUCUUAUUUCACAUUAUAGAUAACUAGUUAUAUUGUUAUUGAAAAUUGUAUAUGCUGAUAUUACUGACAUUACUAUAAAAUAUUUUCUAAAACAUAAAUCACCAUAUUUUCAUAAAAUUAAUUACCUCUUGACUAUCAUAUUUGCACGCAAUUGUUAUUGGAAAUUUAUUGGUGAACACAGUUCUAACUUCAAUAUAUUUAUAUAAAAUCAGAAAAAAAAUAAAAAUUUUAGCAAAUUAGAGUAAAUUGUUAAGGUCAUAAACAUAUUUUCAUUAUCAAGAUGUUAUGUACAUAUAAUAAUUUUUGAUGUUGUAUAAAAAUAAUAUUUGAUAUAAUAUCACUGAAACAAUAGUUAAUAUAUUAAACAUUUUUUUGUAUAUGCUUAUAAAAGAUCUUUAAAAUUUAUAAUUUAAAGAAAUAAUUUUACUCUUGAUCAGACCAUUAUCAGUCAUAAUUAUUCUUUAUAUAUUUAUAAAAUAUACAUAUAUUUUCCUUUUUUCAUCAACAUUGUGUUUUGUAUAAAAAUAACUUAAAAUGAAAGAAUAUUAUUUUCAAUUAAAUAUGUGUAGAACAUACAUACUCUUCAUUUAAUAUAGUACAUUAUAAACUACUUCAUUCAUGUAGUAAAACACCACAAAAUAAUAACUUAAAAAUUAUGUCUAUGUAUACACUACAUGCAGUGUACUUUAAGUAUGUACUGCUACUAAAUGUUAAAUAAUUCACUUAAGUAUAAUAAAGUCUUCUAUUUUUGCAUGAACACAAUAAUGAUAAUAUUUUCUUAUUUCUCUGAAGGAAGUAAAUUUAAAACCUAUAAUUUAAAAUGUUUUCUAAAAUGAAAAUAAGUAUUCUUUAUUAUAAGUAUUAAUUUAAAUUAUCUAAUGGAAAUAUACUUAACCAAUUGAUAAAUUGAAAAUUAUUAUUUUUAUAAAUCGAUCAUUGUAGUCUAUAAAAACGAUGCACAAUUAAAACUGGCAUGACUGGCAUUGAAAAAUAGCAAUGAUAAACAAUGUGCAAUAAAAUUAUAUUUAUUUUGUGUGGUUUACUAUCUUAUACAAACCAUAUUGAUUAAUAAUUGUACAAUUAAACUGAUCUCUGUGAAAGCUUUUAAGUUAUUAUUGACCUUCAAUGUGUUGUUAUGUACUUAACAUGAGAAUUUUACCUAGUUUCCAUUUUCCAUGUUAGUUUUAAAUAGUUUAACAAAAUAAAACCCCCAAGAGUUUAAUUAUUAAUUGAUAGUAAUUUCUUUUAUGUAUUUAAAAUUAAUAUGUGUUCAUUGAACUUACCUUUUAUUAUUGUUUUGUAACUUAUUACUUUAUUACAACUCAUAUUGGCUCAUAAUUGUAAGCAAUAUUGUUUUUCAAAUUUGUAAAAAAAAAAAAUAUUUUAAUAAUGUACUUAUAAUAGUAUAUGAUUUAAUACUAUAAUUAUACUAACACCACAAUUGUAUGUGAUAAACUUUUUACAAAGGCUUAUAGUAUUAAUAAAAAAAAUAUAUUGAAAUUUUACACAUUUUUAUAUCCUUAAACAAUAAUAUAUAAUUGUAUAGUGUGUUUCUAGUCUAAAAAAAUAUAUUAUUAAAAUUAUGUAGAGAAAGCUAUUAACUAUUUUUUUUUGUAUUAAAAACUUUAUAUUUGUACUUAUUACUGUUUUGAUUAAACGUUUUUUGACACCUGCAAUAUAUUUAUAUAUCAUAGCUUAUAAUUGGAAUUAUAUAAUUUCUGCACUGUCCCAUAUUGUUUUGAUUUCAAACUGAGCGAAAAUUAUUAUCAUACUUAAAUAACAUUAUACAUGUAUAUUUACUUUAAACAAUAACAUUUAAUCAAAAUAUUAUCCACAAUUGGAUACUUCUUAUUGUAUAUUAUUUAUAUAUAUAAAAACAAAAUGUGUAUUCGAGUAUAUUUAUAAUUUUUUUUUUUACUGUCAAUUUUCCAGCUUAUUUUUUAUGCAUAAAAUAGUUAUUUUUUGUGUCUUGUUAUUGUUUUUAGAAUCUCUUGAAUAAAAAUAUAUUAAUUUAAUUAUGUGAAGCAUUUAAAUUUAAAAUAUAUAUAUAUAAUAUAUAAAACUAAUGUUUAUUUUGUUUAUUGAAAUGUUCAAAAAAUAUUUUUAAAUUAGUAAUCAGCUCAUUGCCACAGUAUCAUUGCUCAUUAUAUCGACCUUUAUUUGCAGACUAUGUCAGAAGAAUUUGUGUUGUUUCUGUUGGUGUCCAAAAGUGUGUAACAUAACUAAUAUAAUAUGGCAGUUUGUUUCAUUUAGCUUUGUUAGUUUCAAUAAUAAAGAUUAUAACUAAGAAACCUAUGCUUGCAUUCUUAAAUCGGCCCCAUUAUGGCAGCAUUUUAAAUAUUUACCUAAACACUACUGACUACUACUA